ACAGGCGCGGCACUACCACCACUACCACUGCCAACGCUUCGAGAUGAGCAAGACCAACCACUGACGCUCUCAACUAUUUUUAGCCCUUUCUUCCAAACCCCCAAACCUCUCUGACAUCAUCGUCUUCGGUAAGUUUCAUUCCCAUUACUCAAUUCAUUUUCCAUGUGGACUUCCUGUCCUGCACCUGAUUUUCUCUCUCUUUCUCGGGAAAAUCUGCCCAAGUAGGCUCCCUAUGGCGACCCAGUCUGCGGCUCCUCUCAAUCCCACUGAUGAUAAACCUCAAAACCCUGCUUUGGAGGGUGUGCAACCAACAAUGGAGGAUCAGCAUGACGCCAACGCAAAGGCUAGUAGAGAAAUUUCUUCCACAUCUGUGUUUGUGAACUCAGAACCAAUGCGAGAGGAACAAGUGCAAAAUGCUGUAAAGUUCCUUUCACACCCAAAAGUGAGGGGAUCCCCAGUCAUCUACAGGCGAUCAUUUCUUGAGAAGAAGGGCCUUACAAAGGAGGAGAUAGAUGAAGCUUUCUGUCGUGUGCCUGAUCCACCCCAGAAUGUUUCAAGUGUGCAGCCUGCUGGUACUAAUCAAGAUGGCCAAAUGAAGCCUUUGUCAAAUGUUCAGCCACAAGUUUCAACUCAAACUCUGCAGCCUUCAGCAGCUGCUCCUGCUGGUGUCAUUUCUAAAGUGGGGACCUUGACACAGUCCCGAUUUCACUGGUCCCAUGCUGUUUUUGCUGUAGGCUUACUUGCUCUUUCUGGUGCCGGAACAGCUGUACUUUUCAAGAAUGCUAUUGUCCCUAGGUUGAAGUCUUGGAUUCGUAAGGUUGCAUUCGAAGAAGAAGAGUCUGCCAAGAAACCCAGCUCCAAACCGAGUUUGGAACAAGAAGCAACUGCUGCUGCAAAAGCUGCUGCAGCUGCAGCUGCUGAUGUGGCACGAGCAAGCCAGGAAAUGUUGAUUUCAAAGACUGAAGAGAAGAAACACUUCGAGGAGCUUAUGAAUCUGAUAGGGUUGCAAGUCCAGGAAAUGAAGUCGAUGAGUAAUGCCAUACGGAAAUUGGAAGGGCAAGGUAAUAACCCUGGGCAAAUACCUCUUGUUGAACAAGAUCAUCAAGUCUCAUUCACUAAUUCGAGGCCAUCAAAUGGGAAUGGCAAGGUGGACUAUGAUUUGUACUCAGGAGCGAGAUCUUCAUCACCACCUGCAACUGUGGAACCCUCUGUUGCACCACCUCACCCAAAAAAUUAUAUGGAGAUCAUGGCUAUGGUGCAAAGAGGAGAGAAGCCUCCUAACAUCAGAGAGAUAAAUGAUCUACCACCCAAUCCUAAUCAGCCAUUACCAAAUCCUCACUCAGCACCAAGAGCUAAGCCCUGGGAGGUUGGUCAGACUCAAAGCAACUUUAGCCAGGUUCUUCGGUCCGGCGAGACCAGUAAUGGGUUAAAUUCCAACUUCCAAGAUAAUGGACUUGUCAAUCAGUUGAACGGAGAUAGUUCAGUGCCUUGGUGGCAAAGAAAAAAUGUCAGAAUCACAGAAAUUGGAAAUGAAGACGAAUCAAAGAUCGGGUAUUCUGGUGUGCUGACUGAGCGACCAGUUCAGCGGUCGUGGGUCCCUCCCCAGCCACCCCCAGUAGCAAUGCCUGAAGCUGCUGCGGCCAUACGACAACCCAAAAAACCCUUAUCUCAGAAACAGCUGGCUGAUGAUGGGAUGGUGGCCAAUCCUUCAGAUUCACCUGAUGAGUUGCAGAGGAUCACUAAAAUAUCUGAAUCGGGUGGUGUAGUGGAUGUCAAUGGUGGGUACCCUGGAUUGGACAGACAGUUUUCUGAAUCAGGAGGCGUAGCGGAUCCUAAUGGUGGGAGCUCGGGGAUGCACACAAGUGAGAUUCAAGAAAUACAAGGGGAGUAUUAAUGAAGAGAACUGAAGAGGAUUUAAUGAUUUGAUCUCCUUAAUAUAAGGUAUGGAUAUCAAAUAGUUCCUCCCGGAGUAGAAAAAUAAUUGCUAAGAAUAUGUUUGCUCAUUCUAAAAUCUCACAUAUGUUCUGUACAAGUAAUAUAAGACUAUUUGUGAUGAAGAAUAAUAGGGUGCUUUGGGAAAUUGAUAAAAAGUUCAUUUUUUGGCUUUUUUGGUGGCUUUUUUGGGAGAACUUGGUAAAAAGUCAAAAAGCUGGCUUUUUACCAAGUUACCAAAUUGCCCCAUGAUAAUGAAGUCUAGUUAUUUGUUGUUUC